CAACUACAGCAACAGGCUCUGAAAGCCACGGAACCGGUUAGACGUCUCAAAACCCGGAAGACAAGCGUGUAAGAGAUGGGGAAGAUCUCUGUUCAUUUUAUUUAAUUAAACGUUAACAAAUCGCAAAACUUGGACAUCUGUCGGUCGCUUUAGCUUUUGAUCAGGAUGGCAGCGUCCGCGAUCUUUAUCCUGGACCUGAAAGGCAAGGUGAUUAUAUGUCGAAACUAUAUGGGCAAUGUAGACAUAAAUGUGAUUGACAACUUCUUGCCCAUAAUGAUGAAGAGCGAAGACGAUGCUGAUUUGUCACCCGUGAUUACUCAUGGCUCUACCCACUUCCUGUGGAUCAAGCACAGCAACCUGUACUUGGUUGCAAUUACAAAGAAGAAUACUAAUGCUGCCCUUGUGUACUCCUUCCUGUACAAAAUCGUGGAGGUGUUCACAGAAUACUUCAAAUCGGUGGAAGAAGAGAGCAUACGGGACAAUUUUGUGACUGUGUAUGAGCUGAUGGAUGAGGUCAUGGAUUUUGGGUUUCCUCAGACCACCGACAGCAAGAUCUUACUCGAGUACAUAACUCAGCAAGGACAUAAGCUGGAGGUGGGUGCACCACGGCCCCCAGCUACUGUAACCAAUGCUGUUUCUUGGAGGUCAGAGGGCAUCAAAUACAGGAAAAACGAAGUCUUUAUGGAUGUGAUCGAGUCGGUUAACCUACUGGUCAGUGCUACAGGUGGCGUUUUGCGGAGCGAGAUUUUGGGCAGCAUCAAACUCAAAGUGGUUCUCUCUGGCAUGCCUGAGCUAAGGCUGGGAUUAAAUGACAAAGUCCUCUUUGAGAUCACUGGCAGGCCAAAAAACAAGUCCGUGGAGCUGGAAGAUGUAAAGUUUCAUCAGUGUGUACGUCUCUCACGCUUCGAGAACGACCGGACAAUCUCUUUCAUCCCACCCGACGGAGAGAGUGAACUCAUGUCUUACAGACUUAACACCACGGUGAAGCCUCUUAUAUGGAUUGAGAGCGUAAUAGAGAGGUUCUCUCACAGUCGAGUAGAGAUCAAGGUUAAGGCUCGCAGUCAGUUUAAGAGCCGCUCCACUGCCAACAAUGUAUCCAUUCUGGUGCCUGUUCCCAGCGACGCUGACUCGCCCAAAUUCAAGACCACCACAGGUCAAGCUAAAUGGGUUCCUGAGAAGAAUGCCGUGGAGUGGAACAUUAAAUCGUUUCCUGGCGGGAAGGAGUUUAUGAUGAGAGCUCAUUUUGGACUACCAAGCGUGGAAAGCGGUGAACUUGAAGCCAAACCACCAAUCACAGUGAAGUUUGAGAUCCCUUACUUCACAGUCUCUGGCAUUCAGGUGCGAUACUUGAAAAUUAUCGAGAAGAGCGGAUACCAGGCAUUACCUUGGGUGCGUUACAUUACUCAGAGCGGAGAUUAUCAACUGCGGACCAAUUGAGAGAGGGCACAUGUCAGACAUCACCAACAUGUGUUGAUUCUCCCGUCUGUCCUGUUUCAUCUGUGAGACAGCAGGUGCCCUGCACCCAGCAGACAGGCGGCUGAACCCAUCCUCUUGAUUCUGCGCUUCUGGAUGUGCACAUCUUCGGUCCGAGUUCAGGAUUUAAAAAUUCAGACAGCGAAACUACUGAGGAACCCUUUCAAACCAUUGUUUUUUUAUGUAAACUCAUAAAUAAUUUAAAUUUGGUGUAGGUGUAUUCAAAGUCUGGUAAAAUAUAUGUCUAAUUUAUGUUUCUAAUGUAUUCUAUUUAGACUGUUACACAUUUUCAGGACCUGCUAUCUUUUCUUAACUGUUUUACUGUAGGUGAUGGGACUCACAUUGUGAUGAUCUUACAUUAUGUCUAUAAAGCUGCAUAACCUCAAGCCCACUGAAAUGAAUACCUUGUGCUCAAAAUCAAUGAUUAAUAAGGCGGUGUACUGUUUGGACAGCACUGUAACACUAUAUUUUUACCACAGUGGCUCUGUAUGACUCAAAAUGAACUAAUGCCUGCACGAACAAACGCACUGACUUCGCUAGCUAUUUGUAAGGAUCAAUCAUAGAUGCAAUGGAUUUCACAUUAAGAUAAUGGUAUUAACCAUAUCCUACCCCUACCAAAACUCAAACGUGAUUGGCCCAGUUUUUAAGGAUUUCGAACAGUAUUCAUAAGUCAGUUUUUGACAUAUUUUACUGUUUUUGAGGUUCUCACUUUUAUGGCCGAACUUGAGACUGAGUGGGACUGAAUUUUUCUGUGCAAAAUCCUGUAGCCUUUAACCUAAUAGCAAACCACCAACAUUUAUGUUGAUGUGAGCGAGGCAGCUGCAUUAACUAUCAUUGCAUUUUAUUUGUUUUAAACCACAUUUGUUACAUUUUCUUGUAUGUUAUAAGUGUUCACACUUUCAUAUUUGCCUUUAUUCAGCAUGCACCACUUAAAAUCUGUGUGGCGUAUGCUCAGACUACUGUCGAAGCAGACGAAUAUUAUUUGUUAUUGUUACGUCAAAACGCUUCCCUCCUCAUUUAUUUAUCAAAGGUCAAUGGCUUGAUAUUUAUUUCACCCUGUUGCUACUAAAAUAUGUAUUUUUGGUGUAUUUUAUUGAUAAACUUUUUGCUCAAUACUCAACAAAAAGGUCAUUGUGAGAAAAUAAAUGGGUUUUCAUAAGCACAAAA